CCGAGGAGAAGCGGAAGCUAGGCGGCUCUGCUGCUUCGGCGACCCGGCGGCGGCGACGGCGGCUGUGGCGGUGACGGCGGCGGGAACAGGCGCUUCCCUCGGGGAGCAGCAGCGGGGUCAGCGGCCGCUCGCACCGCUCGGAGGGGCCGGCCGGGCCGGAGCGGAGUCGCUGCGCCACGGGUGGCAUUGUGUGUCCCAGAGUGCAGGAGCGCGUCCUAAAAGAGAGGCGAGGCGGAGCCCCAAGCGCUGGGUUGCUUCAGCUGGGAAGACUCCCUUCCCCCUGCUUCAGGCUGCUGAGCUCUGAGCACCGCUCAGAAUGGAAGCCAUCGCCAAAUAUGACUUCAAAGCUACUGCAGACGACGAGCUGAGCUUCAAAAGGGGGGACAUCCUCAAGGUCUUGAAUGAAGAAUGUGAUCAGAACUGGUACAAGGCAGAGCUCAAUGGGAAAGAUGGCUUCAUUCCCAAGAAUUACAUAGAAAUGAAACCUCACCCGUUUGGCAAUGACGUGCAGCACUUCAAGGUGCUCCGAGACGGGGCCGGCAAGUAUUUCCUCUGGGUGGUGAAGUUCAAUUCUCUCAAUGAGCUGGUAGAUUAUCACAGAUCUACGUCUGUUUCCAGAAACCAGCAGAUAUUUCUCCGGGACAUAGAACAAGUGCCACAGCAACCGACAUACGUCCAGGCCCUCUUUGACUUUGACCCCCAGGAGGAUGGAGAGCUGGGCUUCCGUCGGGGAGACUUUAUCCACGUCAUGGAUAACUCAGACCCCAACUGGUGGAAAGGCUCCUGUCACGGGCAGACGGGCAUGUUCCCCCGCAACUACGUCACCCCUGUGAACCGGAACGUCUAGGGAGCUGGGCAAGGUUAUUUAAGGAGAGUGGGAAAUGUAAAACACACACAGAAGUCAGAGCCCACAAGCUGCCUUCCCAGCAGCCUGUGAGGAGUGCAGGCACCUGGUGGGCCACCUGGUGGUCCUCACUUUGGUUGGAACUCUCGGGGGGGUGGGAGUGGGAUUGGAUAUAAAAAUGCCAAAACGUACCUAUAAAUUAAGAAAAGAGUUUUUAUUACAAAUUUUCACCGCUGCUCCUCCGUCCCCUCCUUUGUCCUGUUUUUUAUCCUUUUUCUCUCUUGUCCAUCUGUGCAUGACACCUACUGCCACGUAUAGUCCUAGCCGAUGCCAAUAAUAAAAGACACCAAGUGGACUGGUAUUUUCUCUAUGCAAAAUAUCUGGUGUAGUUGAGACGGCUGAAAGAAGAACAACUGUUCUGUGUUCUUCACACAUACACACAAAGGAGAGGCGCGGGCAGCUGGCCGCCUUGGGUACUGGGUUCUGCUGGAGGCUCUGCCCUCCAGCCCUGACCCUGUCUUCUAUCUUGUCAGAGUUGGAAACUGCGUGGGGGUGAGAGGAAAGGAAGUUGCCACUCACCUGCUUCCUGAGAAGGUCAAACUAAAAACCUGCCUCCCGUUUUUCCGCCUCGUUUUCCCUUCCAAAUGGUAUUAUUGAGCAUGUUGUUUUUUCAUAGUGCCUUUUUUCUUAUUUCAAGGGUUGCUUCUGAGUGGUAUUUUUGUUUGUUUUUUAUUUGUUUUGUUUUAAAUAAGACAGUCCAGAGCUUUUCAGCCAAUUUGUCUCCUGCUCUAUGUAAAUAUUUUUCGCGGGUCGGGGGGCAGGGUAGAGUAAAGGAGACAAGUAGCAGUGGUGGGUGUGGGCAUUCUCCUGCCUGCUCGGAGCCAGAAGUCUUCAAGGUUCAGCUUUAAUAUUUGUGAGCCCUUCUGAAUUUAAGGAGCCAGUGCCCACGAUAUCUGGAGGGGCUGCCUGACGGGACCUGGCUGAAAAGGGGAUCAGAACUAUUGGCCUCGAGGUCUCAGGUGUCACCUGCCCCUUCCUGAGCCCUAGUGUUCCUCAGACGCAGAUCCCUGGAGCAGCAAGUUUCCACACCCAGGAAAGCCAGGAGCGAAGAUAUGUUUGGAUUUCAAAAAUCGCUUUUUCACUGUAAUGGCCUAUACCCUCUUCCCAUGCUGGGUGGGAGAUAAAAGCAUUCACUUUUCAUUUUUCUUGCUCUUCACACCAGAGGUAUCUGCUCAUGGCUUUCCCCCUUGCUGUCACCUCACCUGCCCAGGUGAGCAGGAGGGCAGUGUUCAAGGGAGAGCUGGGUUGUUGGUCUCAUUUCACAGCGGGCUGUGUUUGCACCGCUCCACUGCCCUUUCCCCCCAAAAACGAGUGUUCCCAGGAAGCAAGAUUCGGUGGGGAAGGAAGGGUUGGCAAAGUCAAGAGGCGAGUUCAUUGCAAAGCUCUCUGUCCGUCCUCUAUCAGCUUCUCUCCCUGUAGUCACGUGUCUCCACCCAGUCCCCUUCCCACAACAACAAAAGAGGCUGCUUACAUUUCUCUCCCCCAGGGGUGGCGAGGCCUCGGCCCCACACGCUCUGUUGGAGUCUCCCUGAACCCUAGUGAUGUGGCGCUGGAUGGGACCUCGGCCUUCGAGGCGCCAGCAGGCCGCGGCCCCCUGAACCGAGCCUCCUGCUGCCUCUCACCCUGCGCCUCCUUCCCCUGCUGAUGAUACAAGGAACCUGGCAUUCUACACCUGGACCAUUUGAUUGUUUUAUUUUGGAAUUGGUGUAUAUCAUGAAGCCUUGCUGAACUAAGUUUUGUGUGUAUAUAUUUAAAAAAAAAAAUCAGUGUUUAAAUGACCUAUGUACUUAAUCCUUUAACUCUGCGGAUAGCAUUUGGUAGGUAGUGAUUAACUGUGAAUAAUAAAAUACAAUGAAUUCUUCA